UUGACAGAAAAAAAUUUAUCGGAAAGGGAACAUGGCGGAGCUUCACCACAUGAGCCACCACAACCACCCUUUAAUCUUCACCGGAGACUCCACCGAUCCAAGUGACGCCAGUUACGACUGCUCUGGCUGUGCCGAAGUGGUGUCGAGUCCGAGCUAUAGUUGCGCGGAAUGCGGCUUUUACCUCCACAAGAGAUGCGCGGAGGCACCGGAGGAGAUUCGUCACCCCACACACCGCGACCACCCCCUUCUCCUUCUUCCGACGUCGGAGUAUCGGAAAGGAGAAGUCGAUUGCGACUUAUGCAACGAAAAGGUUAAGGGAUUUGUUUAUGGUUGUUCAUCUUGUGAAUUUUAUAUCGACUCGAAUUGCGCUUUGCUUCCACACUACACUAAUGUUGGAGACUUCGUCGAGAUCAGCCAUGUUGCCCACCAACAUCCUUUGGUUCCCAUUAAUCCCAUCGGAUCUUUCGAGUGCGUUGGCUGUUUCGCCCCAAUAACGAAUCCUUCCUAUGCUUGUUUCGAUUGUAGAAUGUUUGUCCAUGAAAAAUGUCUUGAACUAGCCCCUAAAAUCAACCACCCUUGCCACCGUAAACACCAACUUGUGCUCGAUCUCGAUGCCGACGCCUCUGUUUGCAGCCUGUGCCGAAGCACUCGGAAGGGAUUCUUUUAUCGUUGUAUCCCUUGCGGAUUCAACAUCCAUGCCGGAUGUGCCUGGCCACCGUCCAUUAUAGAAGAUAAAUCUCAUCAUGAUCACCCGUUCUCUUUGUUGUUAAAACCGAACGAUCCGUUCGAUUGCGAUGCAUGUGGCAACCAGGGGAAUCAUGUGUCUUAUAUUUGUUCUACCUGCAACAUUCAAGUUCAUAAGGACUGCAUCUCAUUGUCACGCCACAUUAGACUUACUCUCCAUUCCCAUCCCAUUUCGCACCACUUUUCGCUCUGUAUCGAUCACAAUAAUUCUCGGACUCUGGAUUGCAGAAUCUGUUACAAGAAAAUAAACACCGAGCACGGGAGUUUCUAUUGUUCUAGGUCAGGCUGCGAUUUCGUUAUCCAUGUCAAGUGUGUCUAUGAUAAGUGGGCAUUGUAUGGUGUGAUUGAGGUAGAAAAUCCAGACGAAGUCGAGCCAUCUGAUUGGUUGUAUGAACUGAAGAGUUGCAUCGUUCGUAAGAUCAAGGAAAUCAAUGUCGGGGACGAAGUAAUAGCUACGGAGAUAGAACACGUUAGUCAUUAUCAGCACAGCUUGAUACUCUCGGACGAGGUCAAGGAUAAUACAUUUUGCAAUGGGUGUGUGCAACCUAUCCUAUCAUCAUUUUACUAUUGUGAACAUUGUGAUUUCUUUCUCGACAAGGCAUGUGCCGAAUUACCGAGAAAGUGUCGACCGUGGCAUUAUGCAAAGCCCUUCAGCAUUGUCACGGAUGGUGUUUUUCGGUGCAAUCACUGUCGUUACGAGUGCAAUGGUUUCUCUUACAAAUCGGAUGACGACGUCGAUCGCAUGUGCCUCAGAUGUGCUAAAAUACCUCACAGUUUCGAAUAUCAAGCGGAUAAGCCAUAUUUCCUCUUCUUUGAUGACAAGUAUGAAGGCAAGUGCAAUGGUUGUUGUGAAGAUUCAAGGUACAAUGAAGGGAUGUUCCAAUGUAAGGAUUGCACAUUUGCUUUGGAUAGGAGAUGUGUCACGCUACCACGCGACGCUCGUCACAAGUGCGAUCAACAUUCUUUGACACUUACUUAUCGAGAUCCCGAUGACUAUCCCCUACGAUACUACUGCGACAUCUGCGAAGAAGAAAGAGAUCCACAGAAAUUGUUCUAUCAUUGCGGAACUUGUGACAAAGCCAUGCACUUCGAAUGCGUCAUCGGAAAGUACCAAUUUAUCAUGGCUGGAAGCAAGUACACGUACAAGGAUCAUCCACAUCCACUCACUUUCGUCAAGAAGAUCUAUUCCUACCCUCGAUGCGUUAUCUGUCAGAAGCCGUGUCAAGAGCUAGCCCUCGAGUGUCGAGACGACAGAUGCAAGUAUAUUGUUCAUUGGAGCUGCAUAAAAAUGGUUCUUGGUUAUGUUGAUACUGAUGAUGAAUGAUGUAUGAAGCAGCUUAUUAAACCACUUGAUUAGCAAACUUGGUAUGGGA